ACACAACAGUACUUGGACCUUCUAAUACAACAGAAAAGUUUGGGUUCAACAGUACAUUGCCAUCAUUCAUCACCACCGAAAACGACAGCUUUACAGAAAAUAGAGCUUCGGUCGAUUUGACAAAUACACUUUUCAAUGCUUCUGAAACCGAAGGGCUGAACGCAUCCUACUUUGCCACUGAACCACUUACACAUUCCGGACAAUCCAGUAUAGCUGAAACAUCUGAGGAAAAUGAAACAUCUACGGAUUAUGAGCCCAGAUCCAACACAACAGAACAAGGGCCUCACAACACGUCUGAAGAAAUCGGGUUCAACAUAACGUUCGCAUCUUUCGGCACUUCCGAAAAUGAAAGCUCUGCAGAGCACAACGUCCCGGUUGACUCGACAUAUCCAGGAACGUAUGUACCGUUCAAUGCUUCUGAAAGUAUGGAAUUGAGCCCAUCCUUUUUAGGCACCGGUUCACAUACAGGUUCUAGGCAAUUUGAAUGGACUAAAACUUCCAGUAGGUCUGAGAUCUCUGAAGAAAAUGAAACCUUUGCAGGGCAUGAACGCGGGUCUACCGAAACUUCACCUUACAAUACUUCGGAAAGAAUUGCGUUCAACAGAACUUUCUCAACUUUCAGCGCCUUUGAAAAUGAAAGCUUUAUAGAGAAUGAAGUAUCUACUGACUUGACGCCUCCUGAAACUUAUGAGGCAGGUGGAAGAGCACCUGGUUCUUCGUCGUCCGAACCAUCGGGAGUUUCCACACUUGAAGGUCAUUCGAGCUUUACUGAGCAUUCUGCCGUCGGUCCUGGGAAAUUUCUUUUGAGCGAGCUGAAAUCAGAUAUGGAGAGUGAUGAGACGUGUAAAGCCUCAAGUUCUUCCGAAGAGUGCAGAAGUGCGAGCCACGUGGAAUCAAAGUCGAGGCGCGGUUUACCUGGUGCCUUAAUUUACCAGUGGCCAACGGGAGACUCGGAGAUAGGGCUGGUGUCCUUCGGCGGCGUCUUCCAGGUGAAAGAGAACGCCACCAAAGAGGACCUGCCGCCGGCACCUGUCCGUGAUUUGAAGGUUUUGGGCGUAAAGAAGAAGGACGGCAAGUUGUCAGUGAAGCUGUCGUGGACGUGCAUGGGCGCCCACCUUGACAGUGAGAACGCAACCCUCACCGAUCUCAGAGCGAGCCUGAACACUCGUGAGCUGAUUUACAGGUUCGACAACGCGACGCCGAUCUUAGGAGCGCACAUCCUAGAGGGGUCCUUGACUCCUCUGAGCCCUUACGAGUAA